GCAACCAUGAUUUGGACGAGAUUCCCUUGCAUUCUCCCUCUCAUCUUGUUUUUUGCCCACAUAGCAGCUGUGUCGAUUAAGCAUCUUUCUAAAGGAAAUGAACACGAUGGAGAUUUUGAUGAACAGAAGGAUAUUUCAGAAAUCAAUUUAGCUGCAGGCUUGGACCUCUUUCAAGGGGACAUCCUCCUGCGGAAUCCCAGAAAUGGCCUGAGAGACCCCAACACCACGUGGAAGUUCCCCAUCCCUUACAUUCUGGCCGACAACCUGGCGCUGAAUGCCAAAGGAGCCAUUCUCUAUGCCUUUGAAAUGUUUCGCCUCAAGUCUUGUGUGGAUUUCAAGCCCUAUGAAGGAGAGAGCUCAUAUAUCAUCUUUCAGAAGUUUGACGGGUGCUGGUCUGAGGUUGGCAACCUCCACGUGGGACAGAACCUUUCCAUUGGCGAGGGAUGUGACUAUAAGGCCAUCAUUGAACACGAGAUCCUGCACGCUUUGGGGUUCUACCAUGAGCAGUCGAGGACGGACCGGGAUGAUUAUGUGAACAUCUGGUGGGAUGAAAUUCUUCCAGGUUACCAGCACAACUUUAACACCUACACUGACAACAUCAUCACUGACCUCAACACACCAUAUGAUUACGAGUCUCUGAUGCACUACCAGCCUUUCUCAUUUAACAAGAAUGACAGCAUCCCUACCAUCACGGCCAAGAUCCCUGAGUUUAACUCCAUCAUUGGGCAGCGCCUGGAUUUCAGUGCCGUCGAUCUGGAGAGGCUGAACCGAAUGUACAAUUGCACCACAACUCACACCUUUUUGGACCACUGUGCUUUUGAGAAGGCAAACAUCUGUGGAAUGAUUCAGAGUACCAGAGAUGAUGCUGACUGGGUCCAUGAGGACAGCACUCAGCCCGGACAAGGGGAUCACACCUUGGUGGGACAAUGCACAGGUGCCGGCUUCUACAUGCACUUCAGCACCAGCUCGGGGGCAGCCGAGGAGGCAGCUCUACUGGAGUCACGGAUCCUUUACCCAAAGAGGCGGCAGCAGUGCCUGCAGCUCUUCUAUAAAAUGACAGGAAGCCCUUUGGACAGGCUGGUCGUCUGGGUCCGCAGGGAUGACAGCACGGGCAGCGUCCGCAAGCUGGUCAAGGUGAAGACCUUCCAAGGAGAUUCUGACCAAAAUUGGAAAAUUGCCCAUGUUACGCUCAGAGAGGAAAAGAAGUUUCGCUACCUUUUCCAGGGCACAAAAGGUGACCCCCAGAACUCACGUGGGGGCAUUUACCUGGACGACAUCACUCUGACCGAAACCCCAUGCCCCACAGGGGUUUGGACGGUCCGGAAUUUCUCCCAGGUCCUGCAGAACACGGCAAAAGGGGACAGGCUUCAGAGCCCUCGGUUCUACAAUUCAGAAGGCUAUGGUUUGGGGUUGACCUUAUACCCUCACGGCAGAAUGACCUCCGAGCGCUCAGGCUACUUGGGGCUUGCCUUCCACCUGUGCAGUGGAGAGAAUGACGCUGUCCUGGAGUGGCCAGUGGAAAACAGACAGGUGGUCAUGACAAUACUCGACCAGGAACCCGAUGUCAUGAAGAGAAUGUCCUCCAGCAUGGUGUUCACUACCUCCAAGACCCAGACAUCUGCAGCGAUCAACGGCUCCGUCAUCUGGGACAGGCCAUCCACCGUGGGAUCCUAUCAUAACAGCUGUGAUUGUUUUAGAAGCAUCGACUGGGGCUGGAGUGCUGUCAUCUCCCACCAAAUGCUGAAAAGGAGGAGUUUCCUUAAAAAUGAUGAUCUUAUCAUGUUUGUGGACUUUGAAGACAUCACCCACCUUCACCAGACUGAGGUUCACGUUGAAGGCAGCAGGCUGACCCCCCAAGGCCUCGUUCUCCAAGACCAGGAGCAGCAGGUCUCGUCAGAGGGAGCCCGACCGGGCAGCCUGGGCCAGGGGCAGCCCAGCCGACAGAAGCGGUCGGUGGACAGCUCGGGCCCCUUGGAGGACCACAACUGGCCACAGUACUUCAGAGACCCGUGUGACCCGAACCCUUGCCAAAAUGAAGGCACCUGUGUGAACGUGAAGGGGAUGGCCAGCUGCAGGUGCGUCUCCGGGCACGCCUUCUUCUACACUGGAGAGCGAUGUCAGGCCAUGCAGGUGCACGGCGGCGUCCUGGGCGUGCUCAUCAGCGGCGCGGCCACCACGGUCUUGUUGACCUUCACCGUCAUCUCCGUCCUUUGCCAAAGGCCAAGGCAGUGAUGCCCGCUGACGUCAGCCAGACCGCAGACGCGCCUCCUCCACCCAGACCAUCCCUUCUCUUCUGGUGCUCAGUGCAGUCUGGGGCGGCUUUUAGCCGCCUUGCUUGGCCUCCAGCCUCCCGUGUGACCCUUAUGGUUUCUCUGCCCUCCUCCCACAUGGUUCUGUCACCCUGCUCUGGGCUCCAGAUGUCUCUAGUGUGUGACACUCAUGACACUGAAUUGUAAAUCCCUUGUUUAAUAUACUGCCUUUCCUGUAGACUGUAGGCUCCCCGUGGGCGGAUCCUCAUUUACCACAUUAGCCCGAUGCCUGGGAGCCUGCCUGGCCUGGCACAUGUGGUCACUCAGUGAAAAUGAACGAAUGAACUGGUAAUUGAAUGAAUAGCUAAGAUAUAGAAACUAAUUUCUACUGCAGGUGAGAUACAUACAAUGAAACACGUAUGUCAUUUGUAUUAGAAUCAAAUACUCAAAUGCUUCUUUUCCAUCCAGCACAAUAGUGUUAUUAUUCUUUCAGGCUCUUGUGUAUUAAAGAAUUUCAAGUUCACAUUCCUCCUGACAGCGGCAUUGGCUUUCUUCCUCUGAUUCUAAGGAAAAGUCUUUAAUAAAUUCAAUAAAUAUUUCAUCA